GGAAGGCGGCGGCGAAAAUGCGCUCGACUGGGGCGGGGGGCGGCGAUCUGCACUCCCGGGCGGCCCCUGUCCGGCUGGGCGACCCUGGGGGAGACAACUCCGUCUCUGGACGAAGGUGUGGAGCACCGGUCCACUGCCCGUGCGUCUACCUACCUUCGUUCCUGCCGGCCUUUGCCAAGCAGGCCUGAGCCGGCUUCUCCGGAGUGAGUGGGUGUAUGGAGUUUCCGUGUAGACUGCCGGGCCCAGAAGGAUCCCGAGGUCAAGCGCCGGCAGGAGAGUCUUCGCGCUACACGCGGCUGAUAGGGGAAUGCUGUUCUUGCUCCUCUGCGUCGUGUCCAUCGCUCUUCCGCGCUUUAUCAGAGCAGAUGCUUGUGAGGACUUGACUCUGCAAGAGACGGCAUCAGUAGACCAACCUACAGCUUUUAAUUGCAUCUACUCUCUGCCAACAUCGGGGAAAGUAGAUGCAAUGUGGUAUAAAUAUCCUAGCAAAAUCCCAAUAUCCAAAAACACACAGUCUAGAAUUCACCAGGACCAAAAUUGGAUUUUGUUUCUCCCUGUGAAAGGGGAGGACUCUGGGAUCUACCAAUGUCUUAUAAAUGAUACAGACAUCUGUCCCAGAAUGCAAGUCAACCUUACUGUGUUUGAAAAACUUUGGUGUGGUGCUUCCGGAAACAGUCAACUGAACAUGCCUCACGAGUACAAGCAGAUCCUGCAGGUUGGAAGAGAUGACAUCCUUAUAUGUCAUCUCAACUUCCCAAACAAUUUUUAUUUGGAUUCAGUAAAGUGGUAUAAGGACUGUAUAGAGAUAGAAGGAGAACGGUUUAUUUCUCGGGGAAAAAAGCUUUUAGUGAAGAAUGUCUCGUUGGAGGACAGAGGGAACUAUGAAUGUCAAGCCAGCCUCACACAUGCAAAGAAACAGCACACUGUUUUCAAUAGCAUCUCUGUGACUGUCACAGAAAAAGUGGGAAAUGGAGGAAGAAUCCCUAAGAUCAUUUAUCCAAAAAACAAUUCAAUUGAAGUAAAACCUGGCUCCAUGCUCAUCGUCAACUGCAACAUAACAGACACGCGGGACAACACAAACCCACGCUGCUGGAGGGUAAACAAUACCCUGGUGGAUGACUACUACGGUGACUCCAAGCGCAUCCAGGAAGGAAUUGAAAACUACACUAUUUUUCCAGAGCAUAUUUUUUACACAGUGAACAUAACCUUCUUAGAAGUGAAAAUGGAAGAUUAUGGUCGCCCUUUCGUGUGUCAUGCUGGAGUGUCUGCUGCUUACUUUAUCCUGAAGCUCCCAGUUCCAGAUUUUCGAGCUUACUUGAUAGGAGGGCUUCUCAUCUUGACUGGUGCAGUGGUGUCUGCCAUGUUUAUCUACAACAUUUUUAAGAUCGACAUUGUACUUUGGUAUCGAAGUUCCUUCCAUUCUGCAGGGCCCAUAGAAGAUGGGAAGCUGUAUGAUGCUUAUGUUUUAUAUCCCAAGCCUCAGAGAGAAAGCCAGAGUCAUGAUGUGGACACACUGGUGUUGAAAAUUCUUCCUGAGGUGCUGGAGAAGCAGUGUGGAUACAAGUUAUUUAUAUUUGGCAGGGAUGAGUUUCCUGGACAAGCUGUGGUCAAUGUCAUCGAUGAAAAUAUUAGGCUGUGCAGAAGAUUGAUCAUCGUUAUUGAUCCCGACGAGCUGAGCUUUGACCUAUUAAAGAAUCUGUCAGAAGAACAGAUUGCAGUCUACAGUGCCCUCAUCCAGGAUGGGAUAAAGGUCAUCCUGAUUGAACUGGGCAAGGUCAACGACUACACGGCCUUGCCGGAGUCCAUUCAGUAUAUCAAACAGAAGCACGGGGCUGUCCGGUGGAGUGGGGACUUCACAGAACAGUCCCAGUGUGCAAAGACCCAGUUCUGGAAAAAAGUGAGAUAUCGCAUGCCUCCCAAGAGGUGGCCACCUUCUCCUCCUGUCCAGCUGCUGAAGCACACGCCCUUUGACCUCACAGCUGGCAAGUGGGAGGCCCGGGCGGGAUUCAUCUCCCCUGAUGGAAAGAAUAUCUUCCCGAGCGUUGUGCACAGUUAGACAAGGAAGCAUUGCAUCUGGGCUGCUUGCUUGAAAGCUUACUGUUUCUUGUUGUGUCCUUAUGGAAAGACCUGGGUUUAUCUGCUGCCUUUGCUCAGAGCUACUUCUUUAGGGGAAGACAGCACCUCUCAAGAGGCCCUCAUUAACUGACUGGCUCGGAACACUCAUGAAGACUUGUGAACGUGGAGUAUUAGCCUCUGAGCCCCUGGGGAGGAGCCAUGGAGGGUUUGGGAGUCAUGAUUCAGCUGUCAGGACAUUUGGCACAUGGUGUGACCCCCGUGGGGCUGGAGACAAGAGCGUGGGGGGUCGGAUCCACGGGAGGGCCCUGUGGGCUUGGGAAGGGCUGGCAGAGGUCACGCCUGACCAGCGUGCCAAAGGCCCUGUCCUCAGGGAGCACUGACUGUCUCUCAGCCCCUCUUACUCCUCUCGUGCAAAUAAACAGUUUUGUGACACUGCAGUCUGGGCCCCUUGACACGGGAAGCAACUUGGAAGUCACCUAGACCUAUGGGGACCAACUCUGGUUGCCCACGAGCCCCCCCUGCUGGUGGGCCUCCUGCUUUGCCUGUCCAACCAAAAAACAAGUCAUAACGCCCUUAUUUUUCCCAGCUGGCCUCUGGCAGCCAGAAUUCUGAGCCACCCGUGGUAGACACAGUCACCCCACCAAGAUGACGGAGUUCUAUUCUGAGCGGACAGAGUCAUCCAGCCAGUGUGCCUUCUUCACAGGUCAAUUCAUGACUGAACAACUCAGAAGGGAUCAUUGACAUUAAAAUCAGCUAUAAAGUCUUAUCAGUCAAACCCUGACAUGGAGGAGCCUAGAUACAGUCCAGCCCUUAUUCUGUGGUUGACAACAGCAGCCUUCAAAAGUGGCUGCAGUGCUCAGAGAGUUCCUGUCCCCCAAAGUCACAUAUUUGGAUGCUAACACUUGAACUGUGGUGCUGGAGAAGACUUGAGAGUCCCUUGGACUGCAAAGAGAUCAAAGCAGUCAGUCCUCAAGGAAACCAACCCUGAAUAUUCAUUGGAAGGACUGAUGCUGAAGCUGAA